UAUGGCUGUGACAGUGUCCUUUACUGGCACAGUGCUACUCCUUGCUUGGGUGCCAAGGUCAUAGCUCUUGCAGUGCAUAACAGCUGUGUCAGGGUGGGGCAGAGGAAGCCGAACAGAGAAAGUAACAUCUGGAGGUGGGGAGUGCUUUAGAGACAGGAAACUGAACACGUCCUGAAAUGAAAGGGAGUGUGAGCCUUCUAGGAAGUGAGAGAAAUUCAGUGGGUCCAGAAGGAAGUUAUAAGUGGUGGGGCUGGAGAGGUAAGCAGAGGCCAAAUGGAGAGGACCUUUGGGCCAUGUCCUGGGGCAGUAGUGUCCUGCUGUGAUCACUGCAGGUUUGGACGUGGCAAGUGGGAGGCACCAGCCUUGGCAUCCAAAGAAGGUCGGGGGAUUUGUUUGGGUAGAAUUGAUGCAUUUCUACUUUUGUUAGAAGAGCUAGCUGAAGACAUGAGGACUAAAUAUGGAAUGUGGAAAAUGGAAAGAGAAUUCUAAGAUUUAAAGUCUUGGCCUCAAUGUCACAUCCUGUCAAGGGAGCAAAUAGUGUGAAAAUGAAAGUAAAGCCUAAGGAUGAUUUUUUUUCAGUCUGAAAGAAAACCUCUGCUUUCUGUGAAUUCUGUCAUAAAGUUAGUAUUUAGCCCCUUUUUAACCUGGUUGUUUGCUCUCUGUUUGAGACGUCUUAGUCAAUCCAAUUCAGAGGUUUAAGACAGUAGUCAGUUCUACCCUACUAUGUUUGGAGAAUGUUAGUUCAGGCUAAGGGUUUUCAGGUAUGAUAACAAAUGUGGCAUUUUAUAGCUUGGAGUGCCCUCAGUUGUAAGAUCGAAAUGUGUCCAGAAUUGGUGGGUUCUUGGUCUCACUGACUUCAAGAAUGAAGCCGCGGACCCUCGCGCAACUCAAGCAUCCCAACCUUGUCAACCUCCUGGAAGUCUUCAGGAGGAAACGGAGGCUUCACCUGGUGUUUGAAUAUUGUGACCACACAGUUCUCCAUGAGUUGGACAGAUACCAAAGAGGGGUACCAGAACAUCUCGUGAAGAGCAUAACUUGGCAGACACUGCAAGCUGUAAAUUUUUGCCAUAAACACAAUUGCAUACACAGAGAUGUGAAGCCAGAAAAUAUCCUCAUCACAAAACAUUCCGUGAUUAAGCUUUGUGACUUUGGAUUUGCUCGGCUUUUGACUGGACCGAGUGACUACUAUACAGACUAUGUGGCUACCAGGUGGUACCGCUCCCCUGAGCUGCUGGUGGGGGACAGGCAGUACGGCCCCCCGGUGGAUGUUUGGGCAAUUGGCUGUGUCUUUGCUGAGCUGCUGUCAGGAGUGCCUCUGUGGCCAGGAAAAUCGGAUGUGGAUCAGCUGUAUCUGAUUAGGAAGACCUUGGGGCAUCUCAUUCCUAGGCACCAACAGGUGUUUAGCACGAAUCAGUACUUCAGUGGAGUGAAAAUUCCAGACCCUGAAGAUAUGGAACCACUUGAAUUAAAAUUCCCAAACAUCUCUUAUCCUGCCCUGGGGCUCCUAAAGUUGCAGUACCUACCCCAGCUAACUGGCAGCAGCAUCCUUCCAGCUUUGGAUAAUAAGAAGUACUACUGUAAUACCAAGAAACUUAACUACCGUUUUCCAAACAUUUAAAGGAGCUAGGAGACAUGAUUUUAAAAAAGGAAUCAAUAGAUGCUUUGAAGAAAAUAAAACUUACACAGUUGAUUGAAAACAAUUACAAUGUUGAAAACACACCAGGAGAAAACAUAAGCAAGAAACUGGGAGGCCAAUUGGCAAGAUAUUAAGGGAAAUUCCAGAUCCAGUCUUCCAUGCUUGAUGAUGGUGUCCACAAAAGAAAGAAAAAACCUGUUUGGAGUUGCACUUGUAUUUCAGUUUAUGUAAGUAGCUGCACUUAUGGACAGAAUAUGAACUGUCCCAUACCUCUGGCAAAACUAGAUGAUAUCAAAAAAAUUUAUGCUUCAGUUGUACCACAUGCCACACAAGAAAAAUGGACUACAAAAUGCCCAUAUAUAUUUCCUCGGAUCUCUGUUGCCUGAGUCCUAUCUCCUGCCUCUCAGAUUGUUUCAGCAUCAUAUUUAAGAUAGUUCUAUUUCUUGAAAUCAAAAUGUUUAAAAUCCCAUUUCCUGCCUGCUCUAUUUCUUGAUUUUUAUAUUUUAAAACAUUUUGAGGGUAACACUUAGGUUCAAAAUAUUUAAAAGCAUACGAAUUAUCACAAAAACUUGGUAAUUUAUAUAUUUAAUUAUAUGUUUAUACAUUUCAUCCUUACUUUAUCAGUAAAGGAUACACCUUAGUCACUUUUGCAGGCAAGGUGGAUUUACUGUAAUCUUUCUACAUUUAUUCACCCAGUUCCCCUUGUAAACAAUGGCAUGAAGCUCGGCAGCUGAUUAAGGCAGUCAAAGGGUAGAGCAAGACCUACAGGCUUUGCAGGAACUGAACCUGUCAGCCUGAAAAUAAUUAGUAUUUCAUUCUCUCUGGCACAGCCUUUGACCUGGUACAUCUAUAGGCAAACCUGUAAUUCGGUGAUCUGGGUUUCAGAAGAAAUUACUUGUGAGCUUUUACUUGAGUCAUGAAAGACAUUAUGUUGUAAACUGAUGUUUUCCCUGAAACAUCUUUUUGCACUAUGUUUGUGUGUGUGUGUGUGUGUGUGUGUAUAUAUGCUAUUCUAACAACUAAUAUAUUACACUAAGUAGUCCAAAGUAUUGAGGACUCAUAGCUUUGCACAGUGAGACUUAAAAUGAUGAUAUUUUUAUAUAUAUAUAUAUAUAUCUCGAACCUCCCACCUCAGCCUCCCAACUAGCUGGGACUACAGGCAUGUGCCACUAUAUUGGCUAAUUUUUUUGUAUUUUUUGGUAGAGGCAGGGUUUUGCCAUGUUCCCCGGGCUGGUCUUGAACUCCUGGGCUCAUGUGAUCUGAGCGCCUUGGCCUUCCAAAGUGCUGGCUUACAGGCAUGAGCCACUGCGCCCGGCCAAAAUGACAUAAUUAGCUUUGAUUUGGUCUACUGCUCUUAAUCAAAAAGCUUUUUCAUCCUUGUCCCCUGGACACAAGGGCAACAUGAAGCCUGACGUCUGUUUCUUACAGCUCAACACCAUUUCUGGUUGAUGUGCUGCCACUAUUCCUAGCACUUCUCAGCCAUGGUCUUCAAAGUUGUAUUUCACUCUAUUUUCAAAACAUUUCUUCUGUACUCUCAUUUUCUUCCUGUUAAUUUUCUUCGUGAUGACAUCUGACCCCAUUUACUUAAGUAAUCCACUGAGGUCUGGUAUCUAGUCAAUAAUUUUGACUACCCUAGGCAGUUUAAUGAUAUCCUAAGGCUUCCUAAUGUAUGUCAUUUCUUGCCUAGACCUGAUAUGGGUUAAAUGCUAGUCCCUGAAUUAUUCAAUUCCUGUUAGACAGCCUUGAUUCAAAUGACAAGGAAGAACAUCCAGCUUCCAUGAAUAGUUAAAAAAAAAUUUUUUUUUCCUUAACCCAAGAAAAUGCACUUGAUGAAGGCAGAUUACUGUAACUGCCUAAUAAUUCAGCCAAAAGUUUUACCAAAAACUAUUCAGAAUAGAAAAGUAGCUCUAGACUAAAUCGUGGUGAAUCAGUUGUCUCACCAUACAGUAAUGAAACAAACCUGAGAAAAACGGCUUAUUUUUUUUCUAAUGAGUUCCAUUAAAUUUAUGCUUAUGUUCAAUUUAACCAUAUUUAUAACGCUUUUAUUCGGUAUGAAAUUUCCACUGUAUCACAUGAGACUCUUCCAAAUCCUUUUAUUUACUAUUUUCUGAUUUUUAAAAUGACAGUGGCAAUUACCAUUUAUACUAUGUGUUAUUUGUAUAAGCUGUUAAACACACGUUGUUAAACACAACGAAAAUUCAUUUUUCUAUCUGAAAGCUGUAUCAUAGAAAGUGUUUAUUGGAAAAUUAUUUUCAAGUUUAUAUUCAACAGCUUAAUAAUGUUCAAACCAGGCUGGACGUGGUGGCUCCCAGCACUUUGGGAGGCCGAGGCGGGUGGAUCCUGAGAUUAGGAGUUCAAGACCAGUCUGGCCAAGAUGGUGAAACCCUGUCUCUACUAAAAGUACAAAAAUUAGCUGGGCGUGGUGGUGGGCACCUGUAAUCCCAGCUACCUGGGAGGCUGAGGCAGAGAAUUGCUUGAACCUGGGAGGCAGAGGUUGCAGUGAACUGAGAUCACACCACUGCACUCCAACCUGGGCAACAGAGCGAGAGUCUGUCUUAAAAAAAAAAAAAAAUUUCAAAUCAAACACACAGAAAUCUAUAAACAAGCUGGCAUAUAAGAGUAAUAAAAUCAGGGCCAUUUCUCACAGGUAACAAUGAAGACCUGUUUUAUCUAUUUGACUUUUUUUUUAUGAGACAGGGUCUUAAUCUGUUGCCCAGGCUGGAGUGCAGUGGUGCCAACAUGGCUCACUGCAGCCUCUACUUCCCGGGCUCAACUGAUCCUCCUACCUCAGACUCCUGAGUAGUUGGGACUACAGGCAUGUGCCACUACACCCAGCUAUUUAUUUUUUAUUUUUUAAUUUUUUUGGUAGAGACGGUUUUGCCAUGUUGCCCAGGCUCGUCCUGAACUCCUGGGCUCAAAUGAUCUGCCUGCCUUGGCCUUCAAAAGUGCUGGGAUUACAGGCCAGCCUUUUGUUUUGUUUUGUUUUAAGAGACAGGGUUUCCCUCUUCCACCCAGGCUACCAGGCUGGUGUGCAGUGGCCAUGAUCAUAGCUUACUGCAGCCUCAAACUCCUGAGCUCAAGCAAUCCUACCACCUCAACUUCCCAACUAUCUGAGAUUACACGUAUGCACCACCAUGCCUGCCUAAUUUUUAAAAUUUUUUAUAGAGAUGGGGUCUGGCUGUGUUGCCCAAAUUGGUCUCAAACUCCUGGUCUCAAGUGAUCCUCCCCCCUCAGCCUCCCAAAGCACUGGGAUUACAGGUAUGAGCCACGGCACCCAGCCUAAAGCAAUGUUAGGUUUUAAGAAAAACCUAAGCAUAGCCCACUGGUUUUUAUUGUUUCCUUUAUUAUAUUGCAAUCUGCAAAACUAUUUGUAUUCAGCCAAGUAUCUAUGUCCAGUCUUAAUAAAAUAGUAGCCUAAGCUUACAAAAUAGACAAAUUAAGCAGCAACUGUUGAUUCUGAGAAAGCCUGUAUGCUAUCAAGAACACAAGAAUGCAGGAUCAUGGGAAAUGCACGCAAAUCCUGUUGAAGCAAUGCAUGCUUCAACAACCAGUGACCACUUUGCAUAAUUGACUCCAACAAUGAAUCUGUAAUUUAGCUUCUAAUUUUUCAUAAUUGUGCAUUUAUGGUAGUAUGCUUCACUAACUUUAAAGUUAAAUGUAAAUUACUGUUAUAAUAAAAACAUCUGUUGUACAAAUAACUUUAAAGGAUUCUAAAUAUCCACAUCAAGAGAUAUCUACAGAUUUACAUAUUAAAUGACUAUAUUAGAAUUAAAA